AUGCUUGGAAAUUUGUUUAAUAUUCCAUAUCAAAUACUUGGAUUAACUGCUGUUGCAUGGUGUAAUAGUAUUGGUGAUUUAAUAGCAGAUGUAUCAGUAGCUAGGCAAGGGAUGCCCAGAAUGGCUUUGUCUGCAGCUAUAGGAGGGCCUCUUUUUAGUUUGUUGAAUUUUUUAUUGUAUACUAGGGACGGGAUUCUUUAUGCACUCUAA